GACUGCAGACAUAGUACAGGAGAUGACCAGAGAUUGCGGACAUACUACAGGGGAUGACCAGAGACUGCAGACAGUACAGGAGAUGACCAGAGACUGCAGACAUACUACAGGAGUUGACCAGAGACUGCGGACAUAGUACAGGAGAUGACCAGAGACUGCAGACAUAGUACAGGAGAUGACCAGAGACUGCAGACAUAGUUCAAAAGAUGACCAGAGACUGCGGACAUACAACAGGAGAUGGCUAGAGACUGCGGACAUACUACAGGGGAUGACCAGAGACUGCGGACAUUCUACAAGAGAUGACCAGAGACUGCGGACACAGUACAGGAGAUGACAAGA